AAAACCGAAAGCCAAAUGAAGAAAAGCUGCGCAGAUAUUCAGCUCUAUUCCACGUGUUACAAUCUUAUCUAGAACCUACAGACAGACAGAGAACACUGGUCUGCACUGAUUUCAGCAUCUGCAGCUCGCUUUAUCAACAUCUGGAGAACCUUCAGACACCAUGUGUUCCACGCAGAACCAGAAGUGAUGCUGAGACAGAAGAAGAAAAGAACCUUCAGACGUGAUGUGGUCCACACAGAACCAGGAGUGAUGCUGAGACAAGAGAAGAACAGGAAGAGACCAGGCUCAUCCAGACCCAGUUGUUUGUCCAUGAAGAGUGACCAGUCUAAAGACCCCCCUCACAACUUCAGAGAUGAAUUACCCACAGAGGAACAAUGUGCAUCCAUGGAAAGAAGACAAUCAAAAGAUGACGAUCUAAACUCCAAAGACGGAUCGGGGUCUAUAAAAAUGGGUUCCCCCGAAAAAAUGGAGCCUAACUUACAGAAUUUCACUGACCAGCAAAGUUUCAAGAAGACCCCGGAUCUCUGUCGCAUCUUCUCUGAUCUGGAGAACAAAAUAAUUGUUUUCAUCAAGAAUGAGCUGGAGCGGUUCAGGAAGAUUCUGACAAAAGAAAACACAAAACACUAUGAAAAGCUGACAGAUGACUGGUGCAGCGCUAAAGAGGGAGCUCUUAAUCUUGCUCUGCACUUUCUGAAGAAGAUGAAGCACGAUAACAUUGCUGAUGCACUGGAGACAAAUGAGCUGGUUGUCAUUCGUCAGUGUGAACUCAAGUCCAAUAUGAAAAAUAAAUAUACACGUAUAUUUGAAGGAAUAGCACAGAAAGGUGGUUCUACUCUCCUAAACAAAAUCUACACAGAUCUCUACAUCACAGAGGGUGUUCAGAAAACCAUAGAGAAAUCAAUUCAGUGCAAUGACAUGUUCGAAGCACUAAGCGAAGAAGACAAACCCAUCAGAACUGUGAUGACACAGGGCAUUGCUGGCAUUGGAAAAUCAGUCUCUGUGCAGAAGUUCAUUCUGGAAUGGGCGAAUGGAACUAAAAAUCAGAGAAUUAAGUUUAUCUUCCCACUUCGAUUCAGAGAGCUGAAUUUGAAGGAAGGAAAACACAGUCUGAUGGAUAUUCUCAACCGGUUUUUCCCAGAGACGAAAGGUCUGAGAUUUCGGGAAAAGUACAAAGUCAUGUUCAUCUUUGAUGGUCUAGACGAAUGCCGACUCCCUCUUAAUUUCAAGAAAAAUGAGCACUGCGCUGACGAAACACAGAAAGCAUCGUUAGAUGUUCUGCUGACAAACCUCAUCAAGGGGAAUCUGCUGCCCUCUGCUCUGAUCUGGAUAACCACUACACCAGCAGCUGCCAGUAUGAUCCCUGCUGAGUUUAUCGACCGAGUCACAGAGGUGCGCGGCUUCAAUGAUGAGCAGAAAGAGGAAUAUUUCAGAAAGAAAAUCAGUGAUCAGGACCUGGCCAACAAAAUAAUUGAUCACAUCAAAGAGUCAAGAAGCCUCCACAUCAUGUGCCACAUCCCCUACUUCUGCUGGAUCUCAGCCACUGUACUUGAGCAGCUUUUGAAAGGAACACAGAAUGAAGACACUCCAAAAACACUGACACAAAUGUACACACGAUUUCUGAUCUUCCAGACCGUACAGAAAAAUCAGAAGUCUGGUGAGCAGACUGCAUCGGAUGUACCCUGGGAUAAAGAGGGCAUAUUGGCCUUAGGAAAACUGGCUUUUCAGCACUUGGAGAAGAACAAUCUGAUCUUCGACAGCGAGGACCUAAGAGAGUGCGGUAUUGAGAUCAGUGAAACUUCCGUGUACUCUGGAGUGUGCACACAAGAGACUGGGAUGUUUCUGGGCACAGUGUACAGCUUUGUGCAUCUGAGCAUUCAGGAGUUUAUUGCUGCUUUGUAUGCAUAUGUUUGUCUCAACAAUGACAAGAAGAAUGUCUUUUCCCCCCAGAACACAUCACAGGAAAAUGGAAAUGAGACCAUUGUUAGUUUGCUGAAGACUGCAGUAGACAAGGCUUUAGAGAGUGACAAAGGCCACCUGGACCUCUUCCUUCGUUUCCUUCUAGGCCUCUCACUGGAGACCAAUCAGGUGCUCAUUCGAGGUCUGUUGACCCAGACAGGAAGCAGCUCAGACAGCAACAAGGAAAUAAUUCAGUACAUUAAGGAUAAGUUUGGAGAAAAUCCAUCUCCAGAGAGAUCAAUCAAUCUCUUCUACUGUCUGAAUGAACUGAAUGACCGUUCUCUAGUGCAGGAAAUGCAGAAGCGAAUGAAAGACGGAACACUUUCCAUGAGUGAACUCUCACCUGCAGAGUGGUCAGCUCUGGUCUUUGUGUUGCUGACAUCAGAGGAGGAGCUUGAAGUCUUUGACCUGAAGAAGUUCAUUGGAUCAGAUGAGUGUCUUAAGAAACUGCUUCCAGUGGUCGAAACUGCUAAAAUAGCUUUGCUCAAUGAAUGUAAAUUGACAGAGACCAGCUGCUCAGCUUUAGUCAAACCUCUAAGCUCAGAAUCCUCAAAGCUGAUUAAGCUGGAUCUGAGUGACAAUGCUCUACAGGACUCAGGACUAAAGCUGCUCUCUGCUGGACUGAGUAGCAAAAACUGUAAACUGGAGGAACUGAGGCUCAACAAAUGUGAUCUAACAGAGAAAAGCUGUAAACAUCUGGCCAAAGUUCUCAGUUCAAAGGAUUCCAAACUGACUGAGUUGGACCUCAGUAACAAUCACCUAGGGGAUCCAGGAGUGAAGGAACUCUCAACUGCACUGAAGAAUUCACACUGUAAACUGGAAACCCUGAGGCUUUCAGAGUGUCGUGUAUGUGAGGAAGGAUAUGCUGCUCUGGCUUCAGAUCUGAAAUCAAAUAACUCAUCAGUCCUGAAAGAGCUGGAUCUCAGAGGGAACAAUCCUGGAGAUAAAGGAGUGGAGCUGAUCAGCAGCACAUCUUCAAAAUAUAAGUCAAGGAAAAUAAGGCUGUUGAAAAACCAUGCUGCAGAUGAAGCCCAUGACUCUCUGACCAAAGCUUUUGGAAAAGAUCCUUUACUGCUGUCUGAGCUGGAUCUAAAGAAGUAUGAACCAAGGCAUGCAGGAGUAGAGCAGAUCUGUGGAGUACUGGAGGAUUCCCACUGCAGAUUGAAGACCCUUAAACUGUAUAAAUCAGGCAGUAUUACAGAGAGAGACUGUGCUGCUCUGGUUUCUGCUCUGAUCGUAAACCUCUCAAACCUGAGAGAGCUGGAUCUGAAUGAGAAUAAAUUGGAUAAGUCAGGAGUGCAGAAGCUCUGCAAUUUACUGAAGAAUCCUCACUGUAAAUUGGAGAAACUGAUGCUAAAUAAGAGCAAUGUCACAAGCAAAGACUGUGCUGAUCUGGCAUCAGCUCUUUCUUCAAGUCUUUCACACCUAAGAGAGCUGGAUCUGAGUGAAAAUGAAAUUCAAGAUUCAGGAUUGAAGCAUUUUUGUGCUGUACUGAAGACUCAGGAGUGUAAACUAGAAAAACUACUGUUAAUGAACUGUGGUAUAAAAGAGGAAGGCUGUGCUGCUCUGGUUGUAGCUCUGAAAUCAAACUCCUCACACUUGAAAGUUCUGGACCUGCGUGAAAACAGUCUAGGAAAUUCAGUGAAAGACCUUGCUGAAGUGCUGAAGGAUUCCGGAUGCCAUAUACAAUUGGAUGGCGAUUUAAAGAAACUUUUUAAAGAGUUAGGGUUUAGUGAGUCACUUUCUUGGUUCUUUGGAGGGAAGAACAAAGCAUAAGAUCCGAGUGGAGUGGAUGAGGAAAGACCGGCGCCAGCGUCGAGCGGCGUGUACGGGGAAAGAUCGGCACCAGCGUCGAGCGGCUUGUACGGGGAAAGACCGGCACCAGCGUCGAGCGGCGUGUACGGGGAAAGACUGGCGCCAGCGUCGAGUGGCGUGUACGGGGAAAGAUCGGCGCCAGCGUCGGGUGGAGCUGACAUGUCUAAAGAAGCCAGAACUACACAUAGCCUAGCAGAGCAGCCUUCAGAGAAGGGGGGUAACUGUGGUACAGGGGUGCAGGGCACUAAGAAGUUCAGCAACAGGUCUUACAAAAGAUCCUCACAAAUCUCCUCCAAAAACAUACAGGACAAAUAAAUUAAUGUGUGAAAUUAAUAAAACAAAAAUUUGAUAAAUGAAUCACAUAUUCCACUCAUAUGGGGUGGGAAAACUCGAUUCUUAGGUGCAUCGUGAUGCGGACGUGAAACAUUCUGAACCGAUUCACAAAUGUCAGAAAUCACUUUCGUAAAUUUUUAUUUAGAACGUAAUGUUGAACUUGGAAGUGCGGAAGUGCAGUGCCCAGACUGUCUGUGGUGGCACAGAACAGGAACACCAGUGGAUGAGCGAGAAAUCCAACUUUGUGUUAAAGCCAGAUUAGAUCAGGCAUCAAAGCCCAAAUGUUAAGAAGAGACAUUUUGUCCUUUCAACAAAGUCAAACGACCUUGGGAGCCACAACAUUUGAUGCACAGUAUGUCUGGGUGUGAGCUGCUGUCCUAGCAGAGGCUAAAAAAUAUGAACGGAACCACAGUGAUACAUAUUCUUCUACUUAAAUAAAUAAAAUGUUUUAACUUCUC